AUGGUCGUCCUCUCAUGAUUGAGGUGGAACUAUUUCGAUCUUGCAGUUAUUGGAUGACGGAGGGCGUUGCCUCUUGGGUGUUGUUGGACUCUAUUUACGGGAGGACUUUGGUCGUGUUUCCACGAUGUUGCAUGUACCAUGUGUCUGAUUUGUUGAUUGAAUGCUGGACGAUCGCCACGUUUUGGCCCCAUGGGCAGACUCAUCUGGUAUUGCACACAGAUUCGGAUAUUCCGACAGACAACGUGUGGUGGCCGGCACACUUGCAGUAUCUGGCACUUCGGGGUAGAUUCAAUCAGCCUAUUGCCGGAGUGGUAUGGCUGGCGUCCCUGGAACAACUAUCUUUCGGGACCCACUACAAUCAACCGAUUGCUGGAGUCACGUGGCCGUCCUCUCUGGAGCACCUUUGGUUCGGGUACAGCUUCGAUCAGCCCGUUGCCGGUCGUGUGGCCGUCCUCCGUGCGACAGCUAUCGUUCGGGUACUACUUCAAUCAGCCCAUUCCGGAGUCAUGUGGCCGUCCUCGCUGCACCAGCUAUCGUUCGGGGGCAAGUACAACCAGCCUAUUGCCGGAGUCGUGUGGCCGUCCUCCCUGCAACAGCUAUCAUUGGGGUACAGCUUCAAUCAGCCUGUCGCCGGAGUUGCGUGGCCGUCCUCCUUGCAGCGGCUAUCGUUCGGGCUAUGUUUCAAUCAGUCAAUCGCCGGAGUCGCGUGGCCGUCCUCACUGCAGCACCUAUCGUUCGGGUUCAAUCAGCCUAUUGCCGGAGUCGUGUGGCCGGUUUCCCUGCAAAACCUGUCGUUCGGAUUAUAUUUUGAUCAGGCAAUUGCCGGAGUCGUGUGGCCGUCCUCCUUGCAGAAACUAUCGUUCGGGGACUACUUCAAUCAGCCUAUCGCCGGAGUCAUGUGGCCGUCCUCCCUGCAAAACCUAUCAUUCGGGAGGUCCUUCAAACAGCCGCUUGCCAGAGUCGUGUGGCCGUCCUCCCUCCAGCAGCUAUCGCUCCGGUUAAAGUCCGAUCAGGCUAUCGCCGGAGUCUUGUGGCCAACUUCGCUGCGAUCUGUGACUUGUGGUGGAACAAGGGUGUUGUAA